AUGCAAACCAUCAUCACCACUCUCAAUCAUUGUUCCGAUAAAGUGAGAGAGAACACUCAUGAAGGAAUAGCCAAUAAUGACAAUACCACAACUCUAUAUUGGAGGAAGAGAUCUCUCUGUUCCUUAUCUCCUUCAUCAACCCCAAUGAUGAUGAUUCAACAACAAGUAUGGAGUGAUCUUCAUAAUUUAACGUCAACUACAACUCCCACUUUUACAAGUCCUACCUUCAGCAGAAGAACUUUUACUCCUUCUUCACGUCAUGAUGAUGAUCAUUAUGGAUCCAUUUACGCUUUGCAUUCCGUACCUCAUUUAUCUUUGCUGUAUAUUGGGAGGCAUGAUGGAUCCAUUCAACAACAAAUGGAUACUAGAAGAAAUCAUCUCUCAACUAGUGUUGUCAAAGCACAUGAAUCAACUGUGAAGUGUUUCAGUUCGAGCAGUAAUGGUAGUAGUAGUAGUAAUAGUAAUGGUGUUGGUGGUGGUGGCACUAAUGACCAUUUAUUAUUCAGUGGUUCCUAUGAUGGUUUUGUGAAAGUGUGGGACAGUAGAAAACUUUUUAUCUCCAAUUUCAAUAUCACCAAAACAUUCUGGAUAUGUGAAUACUGUUCAUUGUUAUGGAAAUGA